CGUUGCCGAGGAUCGGAUAUUCUAGGCCGUCAAGCUGUUUUGCGCGUCCGGGCUGGAAUUUCCAGAUGCUCUCUCCUCCUGCAGCGAUGCAUUAUUAAAGAGCGCGCGCGCGCGCGCGCGUAACAGAACAAUGACGCGCUGACCUGCUUCUGAAAAGGAUGCAGCAUCAGCAGCGCGCGGAUAUGAUGAUGACGCUCUGGAUAACGUCAUUAACGCGCUGGUAUGUUCCUCCUGACGGCUACCGCCGCAGCCGAUCGACUAUACCUGCUGCAUCACUCCUUCGCGAUGACUUUUCGAGAGAUUGUGCUUUUGCGCAUUGUUAUCCCUCGCGUCGCGAUCUGCGCCGAUAAAAGAGCCAGACGCCCGUAUAGCCUCGUGUUUUUAUUUCGAAUCGCGGCCUAUCGGUCAAGUGACAAUAUACCGAGUCGAAUAGCCCGAUGCCUACGUAAUCAAUCUGAAUUUCAAUCAGCCUAUGUGAAAACAGCGAUCUCUAGCCGGACACGGAUGACUCGGACAAACGGAUACCAGCCUUAUAGCUGCUGCUGCAAGCGUGCGUAAUGCGUUAGUUCCUGCCGCGCUCGGCUCUUCAUUCAGCGCUUUUUGCUGCACCUGCAGCAGCAUCUCUCUGAAUUCAAGAGAGUGCCGUAUUCUAUAUAGCGCGGAGAGGGAGAGAGCAUAGAGAGCGAGCCUGGUUAACUCGGCUUUUUGCUCGGUAAUCUCGAGGCUCGUCGUCAUGGGAGAUAAAAGCUCAGCGUUUCCGCUCGUGACCGGAAACUUCUUCUGAACCUGCUGUCGCGAGCGCUAGAGAGGCUCUCUUACACGCCCGAUUUCGACGGAUACGAUGUAGGUAUAUAUCUCUCUCUCUCUCUCUCUCGUGUGUGUGUGUGGCUGCGAUAAGAUAAGUAGUCUCAGGAAUUUUCUUGCUGCGCUGAUUGCUCGUCGAUUAUUGCAGCCGAUUAAUAGCCGCACUCUGUGUGAUGUGCCGAAGGCGCUUUUCCCUUAUUUUCCGCGGAGGAUAUAGCGAUGCAAGCUUAUCAACCAUCGUGUCACUCUAUAUAGUGAUGUACGGCGGGUACAUUGAAAAAGCGUCGCGCAGACCUGCGAAAAAAAGUAAACGAAAGCACGCACGUCGCAGCGCGCUGACUUUUUCAUCCUCUUCAUCCUCGAAACAGGCUCCGACGCCACCGGUUAGACUCGAGCAGGAGCAAAACAAGAGACGCAGGGAUAUCGCUCGAGGGCUCGAUGAAGCUUCCUCGUUGCGAAUAUUCGUCUCGGCUCUAUAUACUCGAUCGUUCCUCGUGACCUCCUCGAGUGUAAAAGAGUGUUGCACGCGGUGACAGUGUAUAUAAUACUGAUGGCAGAGGGAAUUAAAAUUCCCGGCGUAUCUCUCGGCAGCGAAAUCGAUGCAUCCGUGCUCGCGGUUAAUCGAGUUUUCGUGUUUCCUCGACUCGCCGGGCCUAUAUAGAGCCUGUAUUUGCGCCCUUCGCUUAUCCGAUGACGUACACACGCACUGGAUGUAUGCAUUAUGCAGCAGUAGCCAGUAGCCCUCGAUGUGAAAGCGAGGAGGAGCGAAAAUGUACAGCUCGCGAAAGAAGCGACGACGGAGCUGAGAAGAAGAAGAAGAAGAAGAAGAUGAAGAAGAAGAAGAAGAAGCAGAGCAGCCCGUAUGCAGGUCGUUAUAAUAUAUACCUAUAUAGAGAGCGCGUGCGCUGGAAUAGUUUACGACUUUUAAAUAAGCGGCCUCGCAUCUCUAUAUAUAUGUAUAUGCAUACAGACUUGCAAAGAGCGUGCGCGCGCAGGGUUCCCAAACAAUUUGAGCCCGCGCCGCCACAGAUUGCUCGUAAAUAACGAUAAUCUAUUCGCAACGCGGAAGGUAAAAAUAUAAUCCCCGUCCUCGGGCAGUAAGUCCAGGGUACAUAUACGCGCGCAUAUAAGCGAAGGACGAUGAAAAGCUGCUGCUGCUGCUGCUGCUGCAGCUUUCCGGCUAAUAACAAGCGCCCGCCUCCUUUUUGCGGAUCCGUUGCCGCUGUUGCUUUUAUUCUGCGCUCGGCUCUGUCUUUCUCUUCUCGCGGGAGAGUUUUCUUCGAGUGGGAACCCACGAGAGAGGCUAUACUCUCGCUGCUCUGCGCAGUUAUUCAUUUUUACGUCGCUCAUUGCUCGCGUUUUACGAGGCAAAAAUUCGGAAAUUGUACUUUGAACCGAGAAACGAGAGAGGGAGAGAGAGAGAGAGAGAGAGAGAGAACCGACCCGCGAGCGAUUCUUCUUCUUCCGUGCGGCUGAGGCUGUGAAGAAGAAGAAGAAGAAGAAGAAGAAUGUUUUAGAGGUUGCGGAUGUAGCCGAGAAGGAUGCAAAUUGCGAGCUCUUUUUUCGGCUUUCCCUCGCGCGAGCAGCUGCGAAUACGCGUAUAUACCUAUACGCAGCUGUGUGAUGAAUUUCAAUGCAUAUCGGUGCUUCGUUACCGGCCGAAAGAAGCCGCGCGCGGCUCUUAUCGCGAAGCCGGCGAAUUAAAAAUCCGGCGCUCGCGAGUAAUUCAAGCUAUCGGCUCCCACAGUGUAGUGCAUCGCUGACGAUAAAUCAAAGCCGCGUAUAUAAAACCGGACGCAGUGGGCUUAAAUCAGAGAGAGAGAGAGCAGCUGCGUAUCUGGAUUUUAGUGCCGACGUCUCAAUUAAACCCCGAAAGUCCACGCCCGGCUCCGCUGAUAUAUAUCUGUACAGUAUGGGAAAAGGUCUCUGCCUUUUACGAGUUUUCUCGGCGCCGGGCGCGCGAGAGAGAGGCAGAGAGAGUAUGUCGCGCUGAGGCUUGAUUCGGAGGAUGACGGAGGUCCGAUUGAUCGAUCCGUUAAGCUUUACGGUUUUAGUCGAGUAGAUAGCGACUUUCCCACUGCCCGCCUAGUUCACACUCGAUUUAACGCCUCUCUCUCUCUCUCUCUAGGUACUUUUAUAGCGGACUUUUGUGACGAUGGUUUGUUGACGAUUUUUUAUCCGAUAAUUUCGUAUGGGAAUUUUUUCACCGGUUCGGCUCUCCUUUACGACGUCUAAUAAAAUAUCUCGACAUAUCCGGCAGUCCGUAAAGACGUCUAAUACACACAGAGAGAGAGAGAGAGAGAGAGAGAGACAUCGGGAAAUCGGGCUGAUUUAGUGGCUACAUAAACACUUAAUAGAAACGUACAUCCCAAAUAGAGAGAUUCCAUCGGAAAAUUCGGGCGUCCAUCAAACAUAAAUAUCUUUAAAACGAAGCAAAGCCCCUCUCUCUCUCGGAUCCAGAUCAACUCUCGACCUCACCUCUCCCAACGCACUCGAGCAAAAAGUCCGAAAAAAGGCGCACCAAACCGCAGCAGCCUCUCUCUCUCUCUCUCAUCGGUAGCAGUGUAUAUAGUAUACAGUAUACCACCACCACCAGAGCUCCGUCUCUCUCUCCAGCAUGUGACUGAGGGUCCCCUCCACUGAGUGCGCGCGCGGUGACGAGGAGAGAGAGAGAGAGAGAGAGAGAGAGAGAGAGAGAGAGAGAGAGGGCCGCUUACGCCUGCCUACCUGCGGCCCGCUCCCAUUACGACGCGGACUCUCGCGGCAGGUGCACCGUGCGCGCGCGCGCUCCGCCAGCUCCCUUAUAUACACACAUAUAUACAUCGGCUGAUAGACAACUGACACACUUGUUGCGCCGGCGUGAGAUAUUGUGACUGUGGUGGAUAUACGGCGAGGACGAUUUACCGAUACACAGAUUAAUAUAUAGAGUGUGCGCGAGUGCGAGGAAGAAUCGAGCAACAAUAUUAUCAGGUGCGCGCGUUAUCGCGAGUACACCGCAAGUACAUUGGCUCUCGGGGCGAAGCGAGGUACGUACAGAGCAGCAACCUGGACGUUCUGGCGCUGGCGGCUGGACGGACGUCGGACAAGUGGAGAUGUCCGAGGCGGCCGGCGCUCAUCGCUGAAAGGAUGAGGGAGCUCGACACCGAGAGUCCUGUCGUCUGGCCGGCCUGGUGCUACACUGGUGAGGUGUCCGCGGAGAACACGAACGCGGGAGGAGCACGCUCGGAUCGCGGUGAGGCCGCCGACUUAGCAACGCAUUCGGAGCCAAGCGAAGCUGCCCUGGCCGCGGCCGCGGCUGCGGCGGCGGCAGCGGCAGCAGUCGCAUCGGUCACAUCCUCGACCUCGUCGUCCUCGUCGUCCUCGACGACGAGCGCCACGGCCGCGGCGCUGGACGCCAUCAGGGGAGCUAGUCCGCAGGGCGCGAGCACCAUCACGGCAGCCAGUGCCGCCGCGACGCCCAGGCCCCCGAGGGGCCGUAGGCGGGCCCAGAAUCACAACGGGAUCGACGCUCCCCAGGUGAAGACGGAGCGACUGACUCCGGACAACAACUCGACCUCCUCGAGAAGCGUCACGCCGUCGUCCUCGGGUCAUCCGGGCACACCGCCGAGCGCGACGAGUUUAGGCGGCUCCGAGGCACCGGUCGGUGCUGGCAUCGCGCCGCCGCAUCACCUCAAACACAUGGAACAGAUGAUGGGCAGGAACUACAGCGACUUUAUGCGGAGCCUCGCUGCCAAGUACAACAACUCCAACCCUAACGACAGCAACCUCGGCAGCUACUUCGGCUCGUCGCGCAACGGCUACGGGGGCGGCUUGGACCCGAGGUUCCCGGGCUUCAAGACGGCAGCGGCGACCCCCUUCGUCGGCCUGAUGGCACCGCUGGGCGGCGCGAGCCUGGCCCACCAGGCGCCCCAGAUACCCACGGCUGCGGCCAAGGAGCCCAAGGACCCGAAGCAGCUGCAGCAGUCGGCGCAGGACCCCAUGACAGCAGCCGGUGCAGCCGCCGGCGGACUCUUCGGCAGUCCCGCGGCCAACCUCUUCCCGCCGAUGCUCGACAUGUCCUCGACGCAGGCGCUCCUACACAUGGUCCGUACGGCCAACGCCGCCCAGAGUGCCGCCGAGCUCGAGAGCUACCUCAAGGGGGCCAACAAGCGAGAGGCCAGUCUGAGCAGUCCGCUCGACCUGUCGAGUCCGAGCGGGUUCGCGCCGCGCAAGCGAGCCCGGACCUCGGAGGCCCGGAGGCCCGGCAGCAUAUCGCCGAAACCCGGCAGCAACACCAGCACCGCGAGCAGCGCCGGCAGCAAACUGUCGCCGCCGCCGCUGCUCUCCGCCGGUCUACCGAUCGCCAGUCCGACGGCUACGCCGGUAACGCCGCCCACGACGACGACGACGACGACGACGGGCAAUCCAGUGCUGCUCGGACAGACGACGGCGACGUCGACCCCGAGGACGGGCAGUCCACCGCCGGUGAGGUGUCCAUCGCUCUGCGGACACAUGCCUUGCGGCGACGGACAGGCCGUUAACCGCUGGAGCGUCGAGGACGUCGUCACGUAUGUUUCCUCCAUCGACAUCUGCGCCGAGUACGCACAGAACUUUCGCGAGCACAGGAUCGACGGCGCGUCGCUACCCCUGCUGUCGGAGGAGCACCUGACGGGUCCGAUCGGUAUGAAGCUCGGACCAGCUCUGAAACUCCGCGUGCUCCUAGCCCGCAAGCUCGGAGCUUGCACGGUCUGCUUGCACUGCGCGCACUGCCACCAGAGCCCGAUGGCCGGUCUGAGCGCCGCAGCGGCCAUGGCUGCGGCCGCGGCUCAGACGCCACACAGACGAGCCAGCGCCUCGGCCAACUGACAGAACUUGGCGGAGCGACCCAGUGCCAGGCUCAUUGCUAUGAUGGCCAUAAAAGGUGCUCUGCCGACCUCAUCGACGCCGGACGACCAGAACCGGGCUCUCAUGCUCGAACCGCCGCCGCCGCCGCCGCCGCCGACCGCGAUGAGGAGACAGACCGCUGGACACUUCAAGAAGCCCAUCAAGCAGUGAGAGGCCGCACCGGAGCUCCGCCGAUUUUUCAGAGAAGAGAAACAUUGUUAAUGUAACGAUCGAUGUACAAAACGACGACUCGUGUGCUUCCAGCGUGCGAUGAUACGCACUUAUCGGACAGGGCGAAAUCGAGAGAGGAUACGACGAUGUGCAAUAGAAAAAAAAUUAACAAGACUCUCGCCCCUCCAUAUGUAGCCUUGAGAUUUACGCGUCGAAAAAAAAGCGAGUUGACAAUAUAAAUUGUACGUUAACGUGAUUAUGUGAUUUAUAAGCGAUUGUAUAGUGUAAUACCCUUCGGACGCGCCGUCACGUCGUGCAAAUCGUUGUUUCUUAUCACUUGUAUAGAUUUUAACGGAGAUUUUAUAUAAAUAUAUAUAUAGCGAUAUUUUUGCUAACGCCUUAUAUCACUUACUACGCUGCACAUGCGAUCAACGAAUGACCGUAUAAAGUAUAUACGCUUGUACAAUCUUGUCCUUUAUUCUGAAUAAAGAGAGAGCCUUGAAAUCCGUCGCAACAGAGGAUGUGUAGCGUAUAUCAUAUACUGUAAUAGAAAAAGGCAGCUACAUAGAAUCGGUUCGUAUGACGAGCAGUAUUUUUAGAUAUGUAUAAACGUUCAUAAGAGCCUACUGUGCCUGGACUAUACCGAGAGACGAGAAGCAAAAGAUAUUUACGUAUACUGUAUUCUAGUAUAAUGAUGUACUUAAUUUUCUUUUGAAUAUACACUGCGAGGGCCGGGAGAGAAGAGAAGAAUCGACGAAUCGAUCUCUGCGCGUGCGCACUAAACGAGCAGCACGCUCUUAAGUAACAGCGGCUUUUUUACUUAAUUAACAGUUAAUCGACUAUCAUUACUACUAUUAUUAUUAUUACUAUCUACGAAUUACAAUCAUACUACUACGUGUAUAUACUGCGCUUAGGCAUUUAUUUAUACAGUGCUUUUAAAGAGAGAGAGAAGGAAACAUAGUAUUUUAUUUAGAGAACGCGAGAGCGACUUUGUCAACUGUUUAUCACUUCUCAACUGCCGAGACCUUAUUUUCUUCCGGAGUAAGAGAGAAAAUUAUAAAUAUAUAUAUAUUCGUGUGCGUGAGAUCGAGUGAGCGCCGAGCGAAAGAGAGAACGCGACAUUAUUAAGCAAAAGAUAAAAGCAGCAAUUUUUGUGAUACUAUACAGAGAGAAAACUCCUAAAUUUCCUUCGCCAUCCGUUUCACGUUUAUUAUUAUUAUUAUUAUUAUUUUCUUUUAACUCACGCCUACUGAUACUUUGUUAGCGAGCGGUAUAGUUUAUACGUUCAACCUACUUGGAACCCCUUAGUCGUUAUCCACCUCCCCCUCCCCCUCCUCCUUCGUUAUUUUACUGAACCUGUAAAGUCUGUCUUGUAAAAUUUUCUGCGACUCACUGUCGCGCUAUGUAUAGUAGUUGAUUAACGGUGAACAGCGAACAGUGCAUUGUUUCUGUUAAAAUAAAUUCGUUGAAAAAUA